CACGAUAAGGCAAGUUUUUAUAAUUAUUAAUGUAUUACGUUUGCUUUCUUUUUACUUAUGUUCACCGCGGUGAAACUAUUUCAGACGUAACUUUAAACCGUUUCCAUAUUUGUUGCAAUCAGUUGCGACGGUUGUAUAAAGCUAUUGACGAGCAUUGGGACAUAUUUACGAAUGAUGUGGAAGUUCAAGUCAUGAAAGAUUAUUCUAUGGUAUCACGAAAAUUUACAAAAUAUUACUCAAUGUUAAUGUUUUCCAUAGCAUCGAUAAUGGUAGCAGUACCAUUAACACCAAUAUUACUAGAUAUUGUGAUACCUCUUAACGAAUCACGUUCGCGAUUCUUUGCGAUCGAAGUUGAUUUCAGAGUGAGCAACAAUGAAUACUUUUUACCAAUUUAUUGCUAUACUUCCAUUCUAAUUCUGGUAGGUGUAAACGUCGUAAUGGGUGUCGAUGCAAUGCAUGUUGCAUGCACCGCUCAUGCGUGUAGUUUAUUUGCCGCUAUCAGUAAACAAAUUGAAAACAUAAUUUUAAAAGCAAAUAUUAAUGAUGAAAUCAGCAAACGUAAAUAUCAUGUGGAUUUGGAACUUGAUCCAUUAAAUGAAGAAAUAAUAUAUCGAGAAUAUAUAGUAUGUUUAAAAAAACAUCAACUUGCUAUAGAAUUUGUUAAUACAUUGGAGACAUCAUAUCAAGAACUUUCAUUGCUUUUGUUAAUUUUACUCAUCGGAACUAUAAGUUUGAUUGCAGUCCGAAUCAUUUAUGUGUUAAAUCAAGUAGGAGAGGUGAUAAAAUUUACGUUUGUAUUCACAGCAUGUCUUGUGACUUUGAUGAUUGUAUGCUAUUCUGGUCAAAGAUUAAUGGACGAAAGUCAGAGUAUAUUCUAUCGAGCAUAUGCUGCAGAAUGGUAUAAAUUUUCGCCUAGACUAAAAUCUUUAUUGAUAAUAGCUCUUUACAGAAGUAAUGUACCGUGUGGAUUAAAGGCAGGUAAUAUGGUUCCGUUAUCGAUUGCGACCUACGCGGCGGUAGUACGAAUCGCCAUGUCUUACUUUACAGCAUUUACAUCUUUCAAAGAAUGAUUACUGGAUUUUCAACUAACUUUUCACUGAUACGUUUCUGUAUAUUGUGACUGUGAUCUCAAUAAACUGUUUUGCUGAUAUUUAAGUUCGGUAAUUUUUAAAGUAAAUCUUAUCUUUUUCUAUUUUCUUAUAAUUUUCUCUAUUUCUUUAUGGAUUAUAUUUAAACUUUGAACUUAUUCGGUUUCUCUUUAUCUUGUAUAAUUUUCUAUUUUCAAAAAUAGUCGCCUUUAUUUGGAUAACUGAAAUACGUAAAACAGAAUGAGGAAUAUUCUAGCAAAAAACAUUUUCUUAUAUAGUCGGAAAACCAGCACGCGUCACCCUCGAUCAUCCUGUUAUACUUGCGAGCGUUACGCUAUAAUAUGGUUACUCUAUAAUUAUCAAAUUUUAAUUCAAAGCAAAUAAGUGAAAAAUUCAUUACGGACUUUCUGCCUCCUAAUUCAAAUAAGUUCAUAUCCACUUGAAGUAGAUUAUUCAAUAUAUAUUAAAUAUCGCCGCGUGCAUUAUCGUAAAUAUUUGUAAUAGGUUACCAAUACUGUAAUAUAUUACAUUAUGUUUUUAUAUAUUUUUUAAACAAAAACUAUUCAAAAAU